UUUGACGCAGUGAGCGCCAUACUGCAGGUUCCCAAUCCGAACGUCAACUUCAGCCUGGCACUAAGCUUGCGCUUCGACUUAUUCAACGAAGCCGAUUUCUCGAAGUUGCAUGCAACCACCUUAUCUCGAAUUGCUUGCACAUCGCACAAGGCUUUCUGGUUUACUACGACAUGCUGGCAUCAUCUGUACAGGAAGGACCCUACUGGUGCUUCGAUACACUACAUCGGUGGUGACAAAUGCGCAUUCGCCGAGAGCAGUGACACAACUGGUGCAGUGAUAUCUUUGGAAACGCGUGCCACAAUACGACACAAGUUUGACGCCGUGAGUGCCAUACUGCAGGUUCCCAAACCGAACGUCCACUUCACCCUGGCACUAAGCUUGCGUCUCGACGUAUUCAACGACGUCGAAUUCUCGGCGUUGCCGUCAACAACCUUAUCGCGAAUUCCGUGCAUAUCGCACCACUCUUUGUGGUUUACCAACACAUGCUGGCCCCAGCUGUACAGGAAGGACCCUACUGGUGCUUCGAUACACUACAUCGGUGGUGACAAAUGCGCAUUCGCCAGGAGUAAUGGCACAACUGUUGCAGUGAUAUCUUUUGAAACGCCUGCCACAAUACGACACAAGAUGGUGGAAACCUACCGUACGAUAGGCUAUGACAGGACGGACACAUACGUCGUCGGCUGGUUGGUAUACAAUGCAACGUAUGGUCUGGCUCCAGCACCGUGCCAUGGACGGUUCAGUCGUAUCCAAGCGAUCCGCAAAGUAAUAGAUGGCAACAAGUGACCCAUGCGUAGACGCUUAAACGGCUCGCAUACGACAUAUAUAUGUCAGAGCACCUUGAUCCCAUAGUGGUCUAGCAUUACUGUUCUGGACUGAGUCGCGCAUAUGAACUUUACCUAGAAGAAGAUAAAAAGAAGCUUUGCAUCCUAAA